ACUUCUUACAUAUUUUUUUUGUAGAUAAUUUUAAUUAACAACAUGUUUAUUCCAUUGAAUAUAAGUGAAAAUCAAAAUAUAAUACUAAACAUUAAAAAAUAUGAAGUUUUACCGUAUUUACAAUUAUAUUUUCGUAGUUUAAUUUUACAUAAUUUCUACGACGUUGAAUCUAUCAAACAAUCAAAAUCGGUCGGAUACAAAUUUCCGCACCUAUCUACAUUUACUCGUGUAUUGGAUCGACCUAAAAUACCGAGCUGCUUUACAUUCACUCGAGAACUUAUGGUUGAUAUUGAAUAUGAAACAGUGGUAGGUGAGAAAGACAAACCUAUGAUAAUCGUUGAAGGUACGAAAUUCCAUCAACAGAAAUCGUUAGCAAAUACUGUAGUUAAGUGGAUAUGGAGUACUCAUAAAACAUUGUGUCUAAAGAAACCAGAUGCUGAUAGCUGUAUGGAAGUUGAAUAUUCAAAUGUAGAUAACCAAGAUCCAGAGAAACCGAAUUUACCAGCUGUACUGAGUUUUGACAAAACAAUGUCCCUAACGAAACCGGAACCUAAAAGUUGUAUGGAACUAGAAUGUCUUGUUAAUAAUGGUAAUUUUAAAUGUAUCAAAUGCAAGUAGCUGUGGUGGAACCAAAUAUUUAAACACUUAUAUAGGAGAUAAGGAGAAAUCAAAUUAAUUUACGGUACUUAAUAUUCCUGACAAAACAGAACGUGGUGGAUUUGGAGAAAUACAACAACAUACUACUAAAGCAAAAAAACAUUUAUUGUCAUUAUUUACUGCAGCAUAACAUGAAAAGGUAAUUUUUUAUUUUUCAAUGAAUAAUUUGAAUGGAUCCAUUGACGAAAGUAUGGUAGACAUAUAACGACUCAAAAAGGGAUAUUUUAAUUUCAUAAAACUGUACAUAAUUCAUAUCAACAUCAUCUUUUUUAAAACAAAUUUAUAAUACGAAGUUAACGUGUGUUCUAAUUAAGGCCGAAUCAAUUGUUUUAAAAGUUCUAGCUCCUUCGCAAUAAAUAAGUAAAUAAUUAUGAAAUAUACAUUUUGUUACAGUCAUGAUAAAUACUUCUAACCAAAAAAUUUUUAUUUGUAUUUUAAAACCAAUUUACAGCAAACAAAUAAAAAAUUAACGAGAAUGAAACUAUAUUUUAUUUUUAUUUUUAUUUGAUUUAUCAUGCUUUAGUAAUCUUACAUGAUAUAGUUCUAACUGUAUAGAUGUAAUAAACACUAUAAGGUAUACUCAGUAUAUAGAUAUAUAUGUGUAGGCUAUACCUAUUCAUCUAUGUCAUAGUUUUUAAGUUAUGUAAAGAACGAUUAAAAAAUGUAUAUAGUACCAAAAUCUUUUAAAAUAUUCAAAAUAUAGUAAAAAUUUCAACAAGCAAAGAUAUUUAGUUGAUGUUUUUAAUGUGUCAUCUUUUUAAAUAACAUUAU